AUGGCUGCCUUACGAGGGGCCGGAGCUGGCAAGCAGACCGAGGCCUGCGGCGUGGUGGUCGGGAAUGCCACCAGUGGCCCACCACGGGCCGUCCGGGGCGAAACUCACUCGCUUGUUCUGCCGCAGCAGCAGUGCAAAUUCUUCAGCCUGACAGAGACACCAGAGGACUACACUAUCAUCGUCGACGAAGAGGGCUUCCUGGAGCUGCCCUCCUCGGAGCACCUGAGUGUGGCGGACGCCACCUGGCUGGCCUUGAACGUGGUGUCUGGUGGCGGCAGCUUCUCCAGCUCCCAGCCCAUCGGGGUGACCAAGAUCGCCAAGUCCGUCAUCGCCCCGCUGGCCGACCAGAACAUCUCUGUGUUCAUGCUCUCCACCUACCAGACCGACUUCAUCCUGGUGCGUGAACGGGACCUGCCCUUCGUCACCCACACCUUGUCGUCGGAGUUCACCAUCCUGCGAGUCGUCAACGGGGAGCCGGUGGCAGCUGACAACCUGGCCAUCACCAACGGCUUCGUGAAGCCCAAGAUGGUCCAGAGACCGGUCAUCCACCCGCUGUCCAGCCCCAGCAACAGGUUCUGUGUCACCAGCCUGGACCCCGACACCCUGCCCACUGUGGCCACGCUCCUCAUGGACGUCAUGUUCUACUCCAGCGGAGUGAAGGACGCCAUGGCGGCCAGUGACGACGGUGGCCACAUCCGCUUCUUCUCCUUCUCCCUCAUCGAGGGCUACAUCUCCCUGGUGAUGGACGUGCAGACCCAGCAGAGGUUUCCCAGUAACCUGCUGUUCACAAGCGCGUCUGGAGAGCUCUGGAAGAUGGUGCGCAUCGGAGGCCAGCCCCUGGGAUUCGACGAGUGUGGCAUCGUGGCCCAGAUCUCCGAGCCCCUGGCUGCAGCAGACAUCCCUGCGUACUAUAUCAGCACCUUCAAGUUCGACCACGCCCUGGUCCCGGAAGAGAACAUCAACAGUGUCGUCAGUGCCCUGAAAGUCAGCCAAGCUGAGAAGCAUUAGGGGGGCCCUGCCUUCAACCCCCACUUCCCACCAGCUCCAGCCCCCACCCUGAAGUUUAUUCUUGCAGUAUUUCUCCACAGACGGGAAAGGGGCCCCAGCAGCCCUGGAGAAAGGCCUUCUGGGAGAACGUCCACGCCAAGGCCUCCGCCCCAUGCCUCUCCGGAACCCCCAGAUCCGCCCGGUGGCUGCCUGUCUCCUGCCCCAGACCCCGCCGCUGAGGCCCAGGUAGCCUGUGAGCUGCCUUCCUCUCUCGCACACACUCCCGGCCAGAGGCCCAAGGUGGCCACCUCCUCCAGCAAGACUCCGCCCGUCCCAAGACACCCCAGGGCCAGCACAGAGGCCGUGUGUGUGUGUGUGUGUGUGUG